AUGGCUCCCAAGGUUCUCGUUGUUCUCACCUCUCAGGACCACUUCCCUGCUAACAACCACCCCACUGGUUGGUAUCUGCCCGAGUUCGCUCACCCCUGGGAAGUUCUCCAUGAGAAGGCCGAGCUGGUCAUCGCCUCCCCCAAGGGUGGCAAGGCCCCUCUCGACCCCAGCUCCGUGAAGAUGUUCGAGAACGACCCCUCCUCGACCAAGUUCCUGAAGGAGCAGGAGGCUCUCUGGACCAACACCGUCAAGCUGUCCGAUGUCGCCUCCAAGGUCUCCGAGUUUGAUGCCAUCUUCUACGUGGGUGGCCACGGACCGAUGUACGAUCUGCACAGCGACAAGACGUCCUUGGCUCUGAUCCAGGAGUUCGCUGCUGCCAAGAAGCCCGUCGCUGCCGUCUGCCACGGUCCUGCUGUGCUGGUUAACGCGACCACCCCCUCCGGCGAGCCUCUGCUUGCUGGUGCGGAGGUCACCGGUUUCUCCAACAUCGAGGAGGACCAGGUCGGCCUCAGCCCCAUCAUGCCUUUUAUGCUGGAGACUGAGCUGAACCGCGUCUCCGGCGGCAAGUACGUCAAGGCCGAUGAGCCCUGGGGCGAGAAGGUUGUUACCUCCCAGGUCGCUGGUCUUGGUGGCGUUGUCAUCACCGGCCAGAACCCGGCUAGUGCUACUGGUGUUGGAAAGGCAAUCCUCAGUGCUCUGGGAUUGUAA